GAAUCAACAUCCAUUCGACCGCAGUGCAUUGCGGAAAGCGACCCGCGACGCGCGACUUGACGACAGCACCCGCUGAACGAACACUGCGACUGUGUAAACAGAACCUUAUAAAAGAAACAUAACAAACUUUUUCUUCUAAUUUCAAACUCCUAAUCUUCUUACUUUACUAACCAGUGACCGAGGUGAUUCUUACGCGAGCGACUUCACACACGCCGUUUCCCAUAAAGGCCCAGUCCAGAGUGUCUUCCCAAGUGACCAAGAAGUCUGAACCCGCUUGCUCUGAGCCGAUGGGCGUUCGGCAGAACCCGUGGACUCCCACCAAGAGACGCGGGCCCAUCGCCGCUGAAGCCGCCAGCCCCGGCCCAGCUGUUGUGUGCCUCCCUACCCUUAUUGGUAAGCCCCCACAAGAGUCCCGAAGGUCCAGAGCCCCCGCGUUCACCUUCGGCCACAAGCUCGACCCCCCAGGCUCGGCCAGCUCCAAGGUCGGCCCGGGACCCGCGUCCUACAACACCGAGGGAAUGACCUCUAAAGGGCGAGCGAUGGGCCCGUCAGUGUCGCUACACGGGCGCUGGCCGCCGCCCCGAGUGGAGCCCACCCCCGCCCCCUGCGACUACGAGCCAGUGAAGGCCUCCAAGGCCGUCCUAGAGCACGCUCCAGCAUUCUCCAUAGGACUGCGGGUGGUCCCGCCCCAGCCCAUGCUGAAGACGCCAGCACCGAACGUGUAUUCGAUGCCGCCAGUUCUCGGCGAAGCUCGCGAGGGGAGCAAGCGCGCCGCCCCCGCCUUCAGCAUCACAGGGCGAGGCAAGGACAUAGAGAACAAGUCCCCCAUGCCCGGCCCCGGCACUUACACCACCGAGAAGGGGGAAGCCGCUCUCAGUAGGAGGCCUCCCGCCUUCACCAUGGCUCCGCGAAGGGAUGCGAAGCCGGCCACGGCAGCGGUUCCUGGCCCUGGGGUGUACUGUCCUGAAAGGGCUCUGCGCGAUAAGUCACCGAGAUAUACAAUUACCGGAAAAGGAUACCGGGUUGUUAAAAUUGAACAAGUGCCUGCUCCUAAUGCUUACAAUCCCGAAAAGGCAGAUAAAAUACUACGAUCUAAAUCUCCCGCAUAUUCUUUUAGAACCAAAUCAGAAAUUGUAAAAGUAAAUAAUGCACCUGCACCGAAUAUUUACUCACCAGAAAAGUCGUACCAUUCAUUGGGUAAUGGGCCCAAAUAUACGCUAGCUGGCAAGGGAGCAGCUGAAAAGCAUGAAAUAACUCCAGCUCCAAACAGCUACAACUGGCAAAAAGCUGAUAAGAUUAUACGCGGAAGCUCACCUGCAUUCACAAUGAGAGCAAAAGAAACGACCGAGAAAAUUGAACAGACUCCAGGUCCUAAUAUGUAUGCUCCUGAAAAAUCUAUGCAUAUGAUGAACGGAGGUCCUAAGUUCACAUUAGCAGGAAAAGGUGGAAGCACGAAACUCAGCGAAACGCCGGCGCCUAACAGCUACGAUCCACAAAAAGCAGAUAAAGUUCUUCAUUCGAAUUCACCUUCAUAUUCUUUUAGAACAAAAGAACAGAUCAUUAUUUCUAGUGAAUCACCAGCACCAAAUGUGUAUGCUCCAGAAAAAUCUAUGCACAUGUUAGAUAGUGCCCCGAAAUUUAGCAUUAGUGGAAAAGGACAUUCGACAAAAAUUCAAGAAACACCGGGACCAAAUGCUUACUGUCCUGAAAAAGCUGAUAAAGUUUUGCAUGAUUCUUCACCAUCCUAUUCAUUUAGAACAAAGGAUCAAAUGCAUAAGACUGAGUCCACCCCUGCCCCUAACGUUUACUCUCCAGAGAAGAGCAUGCAUAUGUUGGAUGGAGCACCUAAAUACACCAUGUUAGGAAAAGGAAAGGAUGCAAAAAUCGAAUAUGUCCCUGCCCCAAAUGCUUACUGUUUAGAUAAAGCAGACAAAAUACUUCACGACUCUUCACCUGCUUACUCAUUUAGACCCAAACUUCCAAUGGAUAAAUGUAACGAAACACCGGGACCAAAUGUUUAUGAUCCUAGAAUUCUUGACGGAAACCCUAAAUUCAGUAUGUAUGGAAAAGUUCUCGAUGCUAAGCCAUCAGACACACCUGGACCUAAUGCAUAUAAUCCUCACCUACUGAAUGGAACUCCAAAAUAUACAAUGUGUGGGAGAGGGCCGGAAGGGAAACCUUCAGAUACGCCGGGGCCUAAUUCAUAUGACCCUCAUCUUCCUAAUGGAACCCCUAAAUUUACUAUUUCUGGAAGAGGUUUAGAUGGAAAACCAUCCGACACUCCUGGUCCUAACGCAUACAACCCCCAUUUGCUAGACGGAACGCCAAAGUAUACGAUAGCUGGAAAAGGGCAUGAUAAUAAACUACCUGACACUCCAGGACCAAAUGCCUACAACCCUCAUCUUCCUGAUGGAACUCCUAAAUUUUCAAUUUCUGGGAGAGGGCCAGAAGGAAAACCUUCUGACACACCCGGACCUAAUGCUUAUGAUCCUCAUAUGCCCGAUGGAACUCCUAAAUAUACCAUUUCUGGGAAAGGACCCGAAGGGAAGCCUUCCGACACACCUGGACCUAAUGUAUACAAUCCGCAUCUUCCUGAUGGAACGCCUAAAUUUACUAUUUCUGGGAGAGGUCCAGAUGGAAAACCUUCGGAUACACCUGGACCAAAUGCUUAUGAUCCCCAUCUUCCCGAUGGAACUCCUAAAUAUACCAUGUCAGGGAAAGGACCAGAAGGGAAACCAUCUGACACACCUGGACCUAAUGCUUAUAAUCCACAUCUUCCUGAUGGAACUCCUAAAUAUACUAUUUCAGGGAAAGGUCCAGAAGGAAAACCUUCUGACACACCUGGACCUAAUGCUUAUAAUCCACAUCUUCCCGAUGGAACUCCUAAAUUUACUAUUUCUGGGAGAGGUCCAGAAGGAAAACCUUCGGACACCCCUGGACCUAAUGCUUAUGAUCCUCAUCUACCCGAUGGCACUCCUAAAUAUACUAUCUCUGGGAGAGGACCAGAAGGAAAACCUUCUGAUACACCAGGGCCUAAUGUUUAUGACCCACACCUUCCUAAUGGAACGCCAUCUUAUACCAUGGCUGGCCGAGGCCCCGAUGGUAAACCAUCCGACACUCCUGGACCCAAUACUUACAAUCCUCAUCUACCUGAUGGAACUCCGAAAUACACAAUAUCUGGAAGAGGGCCAGAAGGAAAAGUAUCAGAUACGCCUGGACCUAAUGUCUACGACCCUCAUCUACCUGACGGAACGCCAAAGUACACAAUAGCUGGCAGAGGACAUGAUGGUAAACCAUCCGACACACCCGGACCUAACGCUUACAAUCCCCACCUAGUAGAUGGAACCCCUAAGUACACUAUGGCUGGAAGAGGACCAGACGACAAGCCAUCGAAUACUCCUGGACCGAACUCAUAUGAUCCAAGCAAGUACGAGUAUAUGUUAGAUGGUUCACCUAAAUAUAGUUUCGGAACAAAGAGGCCGGUUAUCAAACCAUUUAAUUAUCCAGCGCCAAAUGCCUACAGCCCCGAAAAGGCUAACGACUCCAUAUAUGAACACCAUCCAUCCUACAGUUUCCGUCCUGUGAUUCAUGAUGCAUUAAUUUUCAACACACCCGCACCAAACGCAUACGACGUUGAAAAAGCUAACAAAAAUCUUUUGGACAAUGCCCCUCGAUACUCAUUUAGAAUAAAGACGAAACCCCACAAGCCUGAUGAUGUGCCGGCGCCCAACAGCUAUAACCCUGAUAAGGCUGAUAAAGUCCUGAUGACAAGUGCUCCUCAAUACACUUUCAGAAUUAAGCCUAAUCUUCUAAAAGUUACGGACACUCCUGCUCCCAAUUCCUACACCCUUCCUACACCAGUAAAGACUCCUCUGUACACGAUUUCUGGUAGACACAAGGAGCCCAUAGAUGAGAGACUGAAGGUGCCAGCCCCCGGAACAUACAGCCCUGAGAAGGGAACAAAAUUUGUUCUAACUUACUCACCGCAGUACACAUUUGGAGUAAAACUUACAACUAACAAAUACGCCGAAACUCCAGCUCCAAACGCCUACCGUAUUCCGUCCGUAUUAGAUUCCCCUGUGUACACGAUAUCGGGACGUCAUAAAGUUCCCGUGGACGACCGUGUCAAAGUACCGGCUCCUGGUACCUACUCUCCAGAAAAGGUACAGAUUAAUAGAACACCGCAGAUAACAUUUGGAAUAAAACACUCUCCACUUUUGGGUCAGUUGAAACCAAUCGAACGUCCCCGAUCUACCAUCGAUAGCAGUGAAAAUACACGCAAAACGGUAAACACCACCAGAGUUUACCAGAGUAAUGAAACUGUCCAUGACAAUGAUUCUGGCAAGCUAACCAACGGUGGUCAAAUAUCUAAUAAUGUAAGCGCACAAAGGAUAGUUAGUGAAGCAAACGAGUCCUCGAACACAAUCCACAGUACACGCGUGACACAGAUAAGAGCUGAUACUGAUAUCAGGAGCUCUACUGCCACCCCGGAGCCCGUGCAGGAGACUUUGACCCAGGAAAUAGUGUGGGUUCCAGAGAAACCAGUGCGACGUGGCUCGUACACUAUCGAGAAAUCUGACAUGUCCAACUUUUUAGAACGGUAUGAAGACAGUGGCGUGGUGCCAGUAGAGAACGGUGUGGUGAAGACUGCAAUCAGUGCCGAAAGAGGCGCAGCUUGCUCUGAAGAAUCAGAUAGCAAAGUGAUUCGUCGAGAAGGAUUUGAACAAAACGUUCAGCGUAAUGUCAAGAAUGCCAGCGCUCAUGAGAAAUCUCAAGUGAGCACGGAGGAGGUGCGUUCUGGUACUGAUGUUCAACAUCUUCCCAACGGGGGUAUCUCUAAAACGACUACCACGACUACAGUGAAGAAGAUUGGUACCACGGCCAAGAUUGCUAAUGCCUCAACGUCCGUCAUACGCACGUCCACCGCCGUGACAUCUCGCGAUGUUGGAGCAAAGUGAUUACAAUAAUUUACUACUCCUACUUAUUUCAGUUAUUGCGCUUUUUAAUACUCCUAA